CACAAACAAACAGACCCGGCGGUCCUCCCAAAAAAAUAAAAAAAAAUAAAACAUGGCUCGACUCUCAGCGCUCGGCAUGGCCAUCACUGUGCACUCGGUUUUGGGCAUUUCGUACUACUUCUUGCUCGGAAAGUGCUCGCCGGCGCCUCUGCUGGGCAGUUGGCUGUUCGUCGCCUGCAUUGUGGCCAUCCUGCAGGCCGUUCACAUCGUUCCCCAAUGGAGCCCCAACUCAUCCAUCCUGUUCGAGCUGCUCAUCGAGACGACGAUCUGCUGCCUGACACUGGACUUAAUGCUCACCAAGCUCUGGUGCCGCAUAGAGAGCUUAUGCCAUUGCGCCAUUGUGGGCGUGCUUCAGGCCUACGUCACCGAGGAGCAGACCUUUGCCGCCUGCGAGUACUGGCUGUUGGGUACGACGACCACCGUCAUUGCCAGCUGCCUGCUGUGGUUCACCUUGUGGGCCACCGCACUACCCACCAAAAUGCGCGUCACCUACGACGAAUGGCGGGAGCGAAUCUCGCGCUCCUUCCAGCGAAAUCUGACAUAUCUGGUAUUUGGACCGGUUGAGGGCGGCAUGCCACGUGUUGAGCAAAACGAUGCAAGUGCCAUAAGCUUCGCGGAAUGAGGUGGACUUCUGGAAACUGAAAAUCUAAAAUUCAAGUAGCUGAAAGGAAAUAAAAAUUUAUUAAUUAACUCA